AUGCCGCUGCAGGCAUUCAUGCAGGGGCCCCAGGCAGCCAAACGCUGCGCCUGCAAGAAGGCGCGAUGCCUCAAGCUGUAUUGCGUCUGCUUCGCGGCAGGCAUGUUCUGCGACGGGUGCAGCUGCGACAAGUGCCAGAACACCGAGAAAGACCAGUCCAUCGUGAUGCAGCAGCGCGGCCGCGUGCUGGCGCGCAACCCGCAGUCCUUCCUGCCGAAGGAGCGCCGCCCGGAAUGA